AUGUCUUCGACGCGCACGUGCUCGCGCGCGGCUCCGCCGUCCCCGUCUCGCCGCCGCGAACGCUCCAGCCUCUUUUUUGCAGGUCCCGUCGGGGAUAUCCCGCGCGCCGAGGACGCGUCGUUCUCGAAGGUAUUCAUAACCUCGACCGGCGACGCGGUCGCACGGCCGCGGCGCGGCAGCGGCGGAGCCGCAGCGGAGCCGCGGCAGGCGCGGCGGCGGCGAAGCCGCGGCAGGCGCUGCGGCGGCGAAGCCGCAACGGCGUGGCAGCGCCGCGGCGGCGUGGCAGCGCCGCGGCCGCGGCGAAGCCGCGGCAGGCGCUGCGGCGGCGAAGCCGCAGCGGAGCCGCGGCAGGCGCUGCGGCGGCGAAGCCGCAGCGGAGCCGCGGCAGGCGCUGCGGCGGCGAAGCCGCAGCGGAGCCGCGGCAGGCGCGGCGGCGGCAGCGGAGCCGCGGCGGCGGAGCCGCGAGCCGCCGCGGCGAAGCCGCCGCAGCGCGCGCGCAGCGCGCGCGGCGCGUGCGCGCGCUUGCCGAAACUUCGACAGCCUCGGGACGCGCGCGAGCGGCGCGCCGGGGUCGGGCGGCGAAAUCGCACGCGACGAGAGCCGUGCACGGUGCGCGUCGUCCUCGCGACCCGCAUCGCCCUGACCCGAUUCCACCCGACCGUGCUACACGUACGACCCGACCCUAUUCGACCCGACCGUGCCGCGUGUAUCGUCCGCGUCCCGAACGUCGCGACGGACGCGUCCUCCUUUGCCAAAACUUUUUCCAAAACGUGCACCACGAUCGACGAUGAUGAGACCACAGUAGCGUCAAAACCGCUUCGAUCGACGUGA